CGACAUGUCACAGACAGGGACCUCGUGCCUGCUAUCUCGGAAUUCUUGACAGAUCGCAAGCAUCUUCAUUCCUUCCACCUCAUCGUGCCUAGCGGAGACCAUCGUCGCAUUUCUCUAUAUCACGUAUCCUAGAGAUCUUUCUCCUUCGCUAGCAGGGUGGCUUAUUCCGCGGAGUGUUCGUGCGCUCACCAUGGAUAUUAUGGUACCGCCUGCAGAGGACCUUCUCCUUUUCAUAAACCAAUUGCGUCCGGGAGUCCCUCCCCUUCUCACGUUCAUUGGUAUGACAAACUUUCCGAUACGCUCCGUCAUCAACGUGAUCGACCAGGGCUUUUCCAACGUGCGGCUUGUGCGUAUCGACGACAAUGUCUGGAGUGUUAUCCGCCUAGACAGUGAUGGGUCGAUAGAGAUGGAGCAAUGGCCAUAUCGAAGGAUAAAAUACCACUCGGCAGUGUGGUUGGAGUUCCUCGGGUGCGAAGAUGCAAUAUGGCAUCUGGUAUAGUAAACACGAGGCGUGUCUCAAAAACAAAGACGUUGGA